AAGUGAACUCUGCCAAAAAACAGAAGAAGAAGAAGGAAAAGACAGUUGCUGAUGACGACGUUGGGGUAAGUCCUUAUUAUAAUUGUUAUGCACCAGUUGGCUGAAAGCUUUUCACUGUUAUAGAUUAAAAUGGUAGUGUACAUUUUCCCCCAACAUUUUUAAAACAGGAUAUUCAGGAGAGUGGUGAUUUUCUCAUCAAACCAGAGUCCAAAGUUGCCAGUCUGGACACAUCUCAGUGGCCAUUGCUGUUGAAAGUGAGUUUGGCUUCUCUUUGUCCUUGUCAUCGAUCUGUAGAAGCAGGAUGCUAUAUCUGAAGUGAUGAACUUGUUUAUCCAUUCGCUGAGUGCUGCUGGGCCCUGGCCUUGCAGCCUCCUGUGUCUGUUCUUGACUCAGGGGGUUCAGCGGCCUGACUCUGUGCUUUUGCCCCCAGUGUUCUACUGGGGUAACUGCAUGGGGUCAGGUGUGCUGGUGCAUGGGUCAAGGGCCCGGCCACAACUAAGACGAGCGUAAACUCCUGAUCACAUGCACAUCCCUUACUUUGCAGUUACAUUUUGGUAUUUGUAACCAAAAUGACUUCUCCCCGAUGACUUUUUUUUGCCUUUCAGAAUUUUGACAAACUCAACAUCAGGACAGCUCACUACACACCCUUGCCAAAUGGCUCAAACCCUUUGAAGAGGAACAUUCAGGAUUAUGUCCGGUAACCUUUGGUCCAUAAUUUUUUCUUCUUCUUCCAAGCCACAUGAUGAAUGUAAAUAGAUUGCACUAGCACUAUGUGCAAAGAUGACUUCUUAUCUAUCACCCUUGUCUGAUGGCUCUACAUGGAUGCCUUUAAAAUUAUUGAUGUCUUGUCUGUGAUUUCAUUUUUGCUCCACUUAUCUAACCCCAUGUCGAUCCAUGUGAUGUGCAGGACAGGCUUCAUCAACUUGGACAAGCCUGCCAAUCCCUCCUCUCACGAGGUGGUGGCCUGGAUCCGACGUAUCCUGCGAGUGGAGAAGACUGGCCACAGUGGCACCCUGGACCCUAAGGUGACAGGCUGCCUCAUUGUGUGUGUGGACAGAGCCACACGACUGGUCAAGUCCCAGCAGAGUGCAGGUGAGUCACCUUGUAAACCCAACCCCUUCCUGCUCUGACUGUUUACCUCCUGAUGGUUAUGUAAACACAUUAAGAUUGGCCUCUCCUUACUACUCUUCUGCCGUCUGUUUCAGGCAAAGAGUAUGUGGGAAUUGUUCGGCUGCACAAUGCUAUUGAGAAUGAGCACACGCUUGCUAGGGUAAGUUCACUUGUUAAUGCAGUUAGUCUUAUCUUAGCAUGGCUCAGCGUUUAAUUUAACUGUAAAAUGAUACUUUUUCAUAUGAAAACCAUAUGAAUGGUUUUCGACAUAGAUGUGAGAUGAUGAACGUGUUUAUCCAUUCUCUGAGUACUUGCUAGGGUCCUACUUUCUCUGUGGUGCUCAUGUCUGUUUUAGCCAUGAGUGUCUGCUGUGUCCCUGGCUCCACUCUGCCACCUCAGUGUUCUACUGGGGCAGCUCAUGCUGGAGACGGGGGCAGGACCGGAGGGCCCUGCGAUAACAAAGACGAGUUGACACACCUGAUCACACAUUAGAAAGGAAAUGGGUGUUAUACCUGUGUUAGGGGACAUCAUGGUUAAUCCAACACUUCUCUUUUUCAAUUUUUUUAGGGUAUUGAAACCCUCACAGGUGCUUUGUUCCAGCGACCACCUCUCAUCGCAGCCGUUAAGCGCCAGUUGAGAGUGAGGACUGUUUAUGAAAGCAAACUCAUUGAGUACGACCCAGAGAGGAGAUUGGGUAAGGAAUCUAAUGUAUUAUUUCCUCAUGCUCAGGGGGGGGGAAAUGCAGUACUUUAAUUACAAUUCAAUGUCAUUAUAUAAUAUGCCAUUUAGCAGACGCUUUUAUCCAAAGCGACUUACAGUCAUGUGUGCAUACAUUUUUACGUAUGGGUGGUCCCGGGGAUCGAACCCACUACCCUGGCGUUACAAGCGCCAUGCUCUACCAAUUGAGCUACAGAGGACUAGAAGCUGUUAGCUUAGAGAAUAAUCUAACUGUAUUGUUUGUUGCAGGUAUUUUCUGGGUGAGCUGCGAGGCUGGUACAUAUAUCAGAACCCUGUGUGUCCACCUGGGGCUCCUCCUUGGUGUUGGUGGUCAGAUGCAGGAGCUGAGAAGAGUUCGCUCUGGUGUUCUGGGAGAGCGGGUGAGUCUCACCUCUUUCUCAACCCUUUGGCUGUGUUUUGUCAGUGGUUAAAUUGAAGUCCAAAGUGUUGAGUUCAGCUCUGGGCCUCUCCCCAGUCCUGGUAAUUAUUCUUUGGCACAGAAAUGGCAUAGAGUGGCUCUGAAUAGAAAGUAGACAUGCCAGCCACUUUAUUCCACUCUAGCCAACAUGUUAUGGAAAUGUUGAUACUUAGGCCUAAGUUCUGUUUAAUGUAUCAGGUGUUCUAGACCCAUUCAAUGUUGGAACUUGUUCUCUGCAGGACAAUUUGGUGACCAUGCACGAUGUGCUGGAUGCUCAGUGGCAGUAUGACCACAACAAGGACGAGACGUACCUGCGCAGAGUCAUCUACCCACUGGAGAAGCUUCUGGUGUCGCACAAACGUUUGGUCAUGAAAGACAGUGCAGUGAGUUGAUUUUUAAUUGGUAGUCUGGGUGUCAUUUUCAAAAUGUGACCUUGUUUAGAGGACUGAAAAAUGUAUUUAAAUAAAUGGUAUGCUUUAUUUUCUCCCCAGGUGAAUGCGAUCUGCUAUGGCGCAAAGAUAAUGUUGCCUGGUGUCCUACGAUAUGAGGAUGGCAUCGAGAUGAACCAAGAUAUUGUGGUUAUAACGACCAAAGGAGAGGCGAUUUGUAUAGGUGAGCAAUAGAAAUAUGCUGUUCUGCAAAGCAAUUGGAAGGUUUUUCAAAGGCCACAUGAUGAUCUCAUAGACUGCAUUAGCACUUUGUGCAAUGAUGACCUAUUAUCUAUCACCCUUGACUGAUGGCUUUGAAAAACUAGAUUUCCUCCAUAUAAAUGUUUUAUUUUCGUAUCUCAAGUUUCCCCUUUCAUUUUUCAGCUACUGCCCUCAUGACUACUGCAGUGAUCUCCACAUGUGACCAUGGUGUGGUGGCCAAGAUCAAGAGGGUCAUCAUGGAACGCGACACUUACCCCCGCAAGUGGGGCCUGGGGCCCAAGGUAACACCUCUUGUGCAAGCUAUUGGUAGUCUUCCCAUUUACAACUGUUUAUGCUUUUAUUGCAUUUAUUAUUAUUAGGAAUAUUCUGAUUUCUAAUUAACAGGCCAGCCAGAAGAAGAUGAUGAUCCAGAAGGGUCUGCUGGACAAACAUGGCAAAGCCAACGACAGCACUCCAUCAGACUGGAAGAAGGGCUAUGUAGAUUACAGGUGUGAAGCCAGUCUAAUAUGGGCUAGAUGGAGCAGUGUGGUGUUGAAACCUACAUGCAUGUUCUGAUUCUAGCAGGUAGCUUAGUGGGUAAGAGCGUUGUGCCAGUAACCGAAAGGUCGCUGGUUCUAAUCCCCGAGCCGACUAGGUGAAAAAUCUGUCGAUGUGCCCUUAAGCAAGGCACUUAACCCUAAUUGCUCCUGUAAGUCGCUCUGGAUAAGAGCGUCUGCUAAAUGACUAAAAUGUAAAUGUAAAUGUAGUCAGCAGACGGUUAUCCCUUUCUGGUCUGCCCCGUGGUCUCUGAGGGAGUCAGUCUGCAACAUUAACUCUCAUAGCUCAGCAGAGGUCUGGUCAUCAAUUCUGCAUGUCUGGCAGCUGAGCUGUGUGAACAUGCAUAGCUAUUAGUUCCCACCCAUGUGGGUUAACUUGCGAGAAACUUGAGGACUAUUUUGUGGAUGUAGGUGCAUUUGUAAAUCAGUCUUAAAUAAGGAAUGAGUCUGAUACAAAGACUGACAUGUUGCCUUCUCAUUUUCAGUGCGUCCAAGCCCAAGGCUGAAGGAACCGGCAAUGGUGAAGCAAAGGUAUGCUAACAUAAGUUUAUACUCUGGUAUUGAUUGAUUUUAAAUGGAUCAGUAUUGGCCACAGGAGGCUGCUCUGGGAGAACAGCUCAUAAUAAUCUCUGGAAGGGCGCAAUGGAAUGGCAUCAAACACCUGGAAACCAUGUGUUUGAUACAUUUAACUAAUUCUGCUCCAGUCAUUAUCAUGACCCCGUUCUCCCCAAUUAAGAUGCCACUAACCUCCUGUGGUAUUGGCACAUGCUAAAUAAGCAGUUUAUGCCACAUAAGUUAAGGUCAUAAUGAGAUCGACUAAAUGACAAUUUCUCAAAUUUUCAGAGGAAGAGAGAAGACAGCGAUAGUGAUGCAGCAGCCACCCCAGCACCCUCUGCACCUUCCACUCCAUCGGCAGAAGACCUCAAGAAGGAGAAGAAGAAAAAGAAGAAGGAAAAGAAGCAAAAACUAGAGGAGGCGGCGGCACCGGAGCCAGCAGCAGAGACAGACGGAGAGGUGGGUUACUACUGCUGGACCGCUGCAUAACAUUGUGGCUCUAGAGAGAGAUUCUGGUUGCAGGGAGGGACAUACUGACGUUAUGGUUUUCAGCAGUAGUUUCUCAGUAAAUAUACUGGUAAUGUACAUUGAAUUAAUAAUGUGCCAUGCCUACUAGUGCACAACCAGUGCAGACAGUUAUCCCUUUCCAACCUGCCUGUGGCUUCAGAGGGAGUCAGUCUGCUACAUUAUCGGGGGUGUGAGUCUUUCUAGCAUGAGCAUCCGGUCAUGUUGGUUCCUUACAUUUUCCACAUCUACUUUGUUAGCAAGUCGCUACACCCAACAUGCACUUAAACUGCAGAGGGCAUUUUCACUUAGAAUUUUGAAUUGCUUUAAACAUUUGCCCAAAGAAUAACACAUGUAUUUAUGUGCAGGUGGGUGAGAGUGCCAAGAAGAAGAAAAAGAAAAAGAAGAAGGAAGUGGAGGCAGAAGCGGAGUGA